AUGACUUUUGAUCUCCACAAGCAGGUUGAGCUCGGAUUUCAAGCUCUCCAACAGCUCACAAAGAAGGAUGAGGAUGAACUCGUUGCCGAAGACCCAAAUGUUACACUUAUCUUCACUUUAUGGCAAAAUUAUGAAUACAAAACUCAGUAUCCAUUUGCAAUUCCAGUUAGACACAAUCUCUAUGAAGGUUCCACCCUUCGUGUUGUUCUAAUUACAAAAGAUCCACAUCAGGAAUGGAAAGAAAAAAUACGUGAGCUUGAUUAUCCAGUAGAGAUUAAGACAUAUUCAGUUAAGAAGUUUGGAGAACGCUUCAAAGAGACAUAUAAUGCUCGCCAACUUAUCAAAGACACAAGAUGCUUCCUUGCAGAUUCCAGAGUUUCACAUGUUUUGAAUACAAAGCUUACAAAAGAGUUCUAUGAGAAAAAGAAAAUCCCAAUCCUCGUAGAUUUAGCAGGUGACGAUCUCAUCACUCCAAUUACUAAAGCACUUGAUUCUUCUCCAGUUAUUCUUCCAAAGGGCAACAAGUUCGCUGCCCCUGUUGGUAAGCUUAGCUGGGAAGCUUCCAAUAUUGCUGAUAAUGCUUGUGAUGUUAUCAAUGGCAUAUUUGAAAAGGUCGGAAAGGAGAAUAUUGCUACAAUCCAUAUCCGUGUCCCAUCUUCUACAACAAUCCCAAUAUAUACAGCUGAUAUCACCUCUGUGAUCAAAGAAUAG